AACAACUGAGGAUCGUUCGUUCGUGUUAAGCGCGAGCGAUAAAGAUAGAAUAUUACGAGAAUGUGUAGGAGCUUCGGUAAAUAAGCGAGCGCAAGAGAGGGGGUUGAAUAGAAAAGAGAGAGAGAAUAGAGAGAAUUCUGUAGUCCGUAAACGCGGUGCUCGUGUUCAGUCGUCUUCAGUCCAACUUGGAUACGCUCUUCGGCUCGUCCUCAGCAGCCAGUUUUCAUAAGCGUAUUCGCGAAAUACUUUUUCCACUUCGCCGUGAGUUACCAAAGGUGAAUGCACCUGUACAAGCAGCUUCCAACGAGUAUCUAUUCCGACUAACGAGUUCAUUAACGAAACCGGUCUAAUUUAUUUGAAAUUCUAUCGGAAGGAAAAUCUUCUCCUUCUGUCUGAGCAAUCGUCUCAACUCGUGUGCGCGUCGAAAUUAGUAGAAAGAUUCGUAUUGGAUGUGAUAAAACGGAAAUAUCGUAUCUAACCGCGAACAUUGCUAUUCCGCUUUUGCGUGCUGAGAAUGUUUCUUAUUGCACCAGUGGACAAUAAUCGCUGGGCCUAUACGAUGCACGGAUUGGAGAAGCCUAUGGAUCACGUGUCUGCUGGUGGCCUAAUGGCAGGUUCCGUGGCUACCUUGGCGAUCCUAUGGGUCUCUCUACAAACCAUGGGAUUCCUUGGAAAUACGCAUACGAUCGGUGCCUAUAAAUUGCCAAUUUCCUUGCAGAACUAUCUUGCCAGUUAUACAGGUAUCCUUUCAGGUUUGCCGAUGACAAACUACCCUUACGAGGGCGGCGUCGUAGACACGGGUCGUACCCAUAAUCGGCGUUACCCUCACAUUGACGAAGCGGUCUUGAACAACUCGAUCAGUUUCGCGCAAAGCUUGGUCGAUCGUAUGAGCACCCUCGAAAGGAAUAUCGCGAAUGCUGGCGUCGAAUUGAUGGCUCACACGCCGGCUGGAAAACAAUUCCUUGAUUCAUAUCCUUCCGAGGAUGCUUUCGAGAGAGGCCUCGACGCCAUAGUGGCGAUGAAAGCUUCGUCCUAUCUCCUUCAUCAGAGCUGUCACAGAUUCGGCUUGGACAAAGACGAUUGCGCUCGUUUCAUAUCAACCUUGUCGCUGGAGGGGACUCCGUUGAACUCAGCCUGUCCAUCAUCGCGACACAAGGGUUGCAAUUCUCUGGCCAAGUACCGAAACAUCGACGGCAGUUGCAAUAAUGUCCAAAAUCCAAGCUGGGGUAGUGCGAUGACCGCGUACACCAGAAUUCUCUUCCCCCAGUAUUUCGACGGAAUCCAAGAACCGAGGCGUAUGGGGCACACGAGAAAGCCGCUACCCGGUGCGAGAAGCAUAAGCGUGGCCGUGUCGACACCCAACGAUCAAUCGGACGUCAGCAGAACUUUGACGGUGAUGCAGUGGGGUCAGUUCGUUGCAAACGACAUUUCUUACACCCCGAUGCGCAAAAUGGUGUCGACAGGAAAGCCGAUCUCGUGCUGUCGAUCAGACGGAAACACCUUAUCUCCCAGAUACGUACACCCUGAUUGUUCUGUAAUUAUGGUACCUGAUCGAGAUCCUAUUUACGGGCAGCAUUACGUACGAUGCAUGAAUUACGUGCGAUCGUUGCCGGUUCUUAAAGCGGAAUGUACAUUUGGACCCGCGGAACAGAUGAAUCAAGCGAGCCACUUUUUGGAUGGUUCAGCGAUCUAUGGUUCUACAUUGAAAAAAUCUCGUCAAUUGCGCGAGUUCGAAGGAGGUCGUUUACGAGUUCACAAGGAGAAUAAUCACGAAUUCUUGCCAAUUGGAGAGGACGAAAUCUCGUCCGCAUGUGCGAAGAACUGUUACAAUUCUGGUGAUUAUCGUGUAAACACGCAUCCACAACUCGCUGUGAUACAUACAAUCUGGCAUCGCGAACACAACAGAAUAGCCGACAAACUUGCCGAGCUGAAUCCUAACUGGUCAGACGAGACACUGUUUCAAGAAGCCAGGCGUAUAGUUAUCGCUGAAAUUCAGCAUAUCACGUACAAAGAGUGGCUACCUAUAUUGCUGGGCAAGAGGUAUACCCGCGCCGUUGGACUCACAGUUGGAAAUAGCUACAGUCGUAACUAUAAUUCCGAGGAUGAUCCAGCGAUAAGUAACGAGGUCGCGACAGCAGCUCUGCGCUUCUUGACUUCUUUGAUGCAAGGGAAAAUAAGUUUGACAGACAAUAAACGCCAGAUCAACAAAACAGUUUCUUUGUCGGAAUACUUCUUCAAACCGAUUAUAAUCGAGUCUGACGAAGUGUUCGACGGUUUAUUACGCGGAAUGGCUACUCAGACAAGCCAGAAAAUGGAUGUCAGCAUAAUCGAAGACGUGACGAGCAAAUUAUUCGCGGCAAGUCAAGAUAGCUUAGGCUUGGAUGCCAUCAGCUUGGACAUUCAACGUGGCCGUGAUCAUGGAUUACCCGGUUACAAUCAUUACAGAAAAUAUUGUGGUCUUCCAGCUGCAAAGAGCUUCGACGAUUUCUUAGAUUACAUUCCAAUGGAGAUGAUGAAGAAAUUGCGCACACUUUACGCUCAUCCUGAUGACGUAGACCUUAUUAUCGGAGGUAUGGCCGAGAGACCAGUUGAUGAUGGCCUAUUAGGCCCCACAUUCCGCUGUUUAAUAUUUGAACAGUUUUCAAGAACUCGUCGCACAGACAGAUAUUUCUAUGAUUCUGCGUAUCAACCGCAUCCCUUCACACCUGAGCAAUUGGCACAAAUAAGGAAUGUAACGUUAGCAAGAAUAUUUUGCGACAAUGGUAACAAUAUUACCCAAAUGCAACCAAAUAUAUUCCUCCGGCCACAAGCAGAAAACGAGUUGAGGUCCUGUACAAUGUUCGAAGCUAUUCCCAGCGUGGAUUUAUUCGCUUGGGCAGAAAGGGCCAAGGCCUAUCGUUGAACUUCCCCUUUAAUUGGCUGGUCACAUUGCCGCAUCGGUUUGCCCGGGUCGCAGGACGGGCACGAUAUUAGAGAUAACGAGACGAUGAUAGAUUUUGGCAUAAAAAUCUUGCCAAACUUUGACACGUAAUCUUAUGAACGCGAAGGAAACGAAGGAUGAAUAUUUUUUUUUUAUCGAAGAACCGCGUGCGAUCGAAUGACCAACACAACGGGCACGAUGAAGGGAAAUAAGACAAUUUGGUAGUAUAUAUAUACAUAUGUAUGUAUGCUACUCGAAAAUCAAUUAAAUA